AUGGGGCACGACUCUUGCGUUACUCUGUGCGUAGAUGGCGUGGCUUGCGCCGGGGAGAUCGUCUACGGUGCAUUGUUUAAGUCCAUCUCCGGCUACGUCUCUGCGAAAAUGGUGGCUGCUGUGAGCUACAUGUGUGGUUCCAGGUCGGACCUGGAGAUUGGCCAGGCGGCGGCAUCGCUGGCGAAGGAGCAGUCUGUCGAAUGCCUGGUCCGUGGCGAUGUCAUCCGUGAGGAGUUUAGAGAUGUGGAGCUACCAAUCGGCCCUGCUAUAGAUGCUGCUACGGAGAAUGCGAAGGACUUUAUCAAGAAGUGCCCUGUUUUCUUCUUCGGCCUGGCCCGUCAGGGAAAGUCUACCCUGGUCAACGACGUGCUGCACGAGCUUGGUGAUCAGUCACGGCCGGCAAAGGAAGAUUUUCUGAAGCCCUGCACGCGCGGAGUGCAAGUCUACAAAAGGCGCUGUGGCGCCUGGACCACGGCUGGAGUGCAAGAGGAGGUGCUCCUCUUCGACACGGAGGGCUGGGAGUUUCAUCUUCAAGAGGCCGCGAGCCGCCUCCUGGCUAGCUGCAUGCAGCUUGCGGUGGAGGAGACGAUUCAGCCAGCGGUCUUGAAACAUCGGCUCGUCUUGGUGGUGGUGAUCGAUGCAGAACACCGGGGCGACAUCUUCGACGACAAGUUCUUGUCCUUGGUUCGGGAGGUCUGCCGAGAGGCCGCUGAGGCUGGCGGCGGCGUGAAGCCAGUCUUGCUGCCUGUGGUGAGCAAGGAUGACCUCUUCCGAUCAGAGCAAGAUUGCCAGCGAGUGUGCUCCCACUUCAGCGAUGAGCUGCAGAAGAAGGUGGGCCUCUUCGUGGAUGUGCAGGACGCCUUGAGCGUGUCGCACGAGAAGACAGACGAGAGGGGUAUGAGGCCGUCAGUUAAGCGGUUGAACAACACCCUGGCCCGCAUCUGCACUCAGCAGCUGAAGUCUGAGCCGCUCCUGGCGAAAGUGAAGGAGAUUAUAGAAGACGACCUGAUGCGGCAUCUCCAGGAGUGGGAGAAACAGGGGCUGGACUCCAGCCAUGCACUGGUUCGACGCUUCUUGUGGGUCGUGGCCGGGCAUCGAAGGCUCCGCAUCCGAAACCUCUUUGAGAAGCGGCCAACCCUGCUUUGGGACGGCACUGCAGGGGUCAUCGCCCGGAUCAAAAGAGGGCCUGGGCACGCCAUGUUGGAGUCGACGCACGCGUGGCACAGCGAUCCACGGAGAACAAAGAGCAGUCAGAGCCUCGACUCCACGGAUGUCAGCUCCUCCGGAAUGGCCGGAGCUUCCUCCCAGCAGUCGCUCACAGACAGCGACUGA